CAUUCGCAUGACGUCAAUCAAACGGGUGGAUUUGAAAGACGGGCGCGUUUUUCAGCAGUUGUAAAGUUAAUCUCGAGUACAAAUGGAGGCCAACAAAGAGUCACCUUGUGCCUUUAAAACACCUUGCAAGCCUACAAAAGUCAAAAGUCCAGUCAGUGCAUGUGGGACCCCAGUCACCAUUCCUGCCUCUCCCUUCAUGAAGAAGCUUGGCUGUGGGACUGGAGUUAAUGUCUAUCUCAUGAACAGGAUGGGAAAGCAGACUCAUUCACCAUGGGCCAUCAAGAAGAUCAACAGCAAGUGUGCAAAGAGUCAGAUGAAUGUCUAUCAAAGGCGUCUGUGCGAGGAAGCAAAGAUCUUAAAAGACCUGAAGCACCCCAAUAUUGUUGGCUUCAGAGCAUUCACCACAGCAAAGGAUGGCUCUAAGUGUUUAGCGAUGGAGUAUGGUGGUGAGCAAUCUCUGAAUGAUCUCAUUGAGAAGAGAAAAGAGGAGGGCCUACAGGCAUUUUCAGUGGCCACUAUCGAGAAAGUGGCCCUUCAUGUUGCACGUGGUUUACAGUACCUGCACAAUGAGAAAAAGCUUUUGCAUGGAGACAUAAAAUCAUGCAAUGUUGUCAUCAAGGGUGACUUUAAAAGCAUCAAAAUCUGUGAUGUUGGUGUGUCUCUCGCACUGGAUGAGAACAUGAAGGUGAAUGAUCCAAAGGCUUGCUACAUUGGAACAGAGCCAUGGAAGCCAAAAGAGGCUUUGGAGGACGGAAUUAUUACAGAUAAAGCUGACAUCUUUGCGUUUGGGCUCACACUGUGGGAGAUGAUGACUCUUUCUGUUCCUCACCUGGAGAUGCUGGACACUGAGGGUGAUGAUGAUGAUUCCUUUGAAGAAGACUUUGAUGAAGAUGCAUAUUAUGAAAGACUGGGGACUCGACCGGCUCUGGAUUCAGCCACUCUUGGAGGAGCUUACCAGAGGAUGGUGGAGCUCUUCUGUCUCUGUACAGAAGAAGACCCUCAUAAAAGGCCCUCUGCAGCUCACAUUGUCCAAGUGCUGGAAUCCAACAACCAGCUUUGUGAGAAAGACAGUGAGGUCCUUGUAAUUGAUUAAUCGUUAACUAUUAAAUUCCUGUCAAACUGAAAUAUUUGUAUGCUUACCUGUUGUCUAGUUACGAUUUUACGUGGGUUAUUUGUUUGUCAAGUUGUAAAUACUUUUCUCUUCAGAAAGGAGACAUUAUGUACUCUCGACCUUUAACUUUGUCUGAAUUGUAAAAACUGUAGUGGCUACAGUGCAAUUUGAA